AUGUCAACUCCGGUGCCUCCAUUGUCACACGGUGAUAAUAUCACAAAAGUUCCGAAGAGACGAGCGAAUUCUUGUGUGCCUUGCCGUGUGAGCAAGUCCAAGUGCUCUGGCGGAAUUCCUUGCACAACAUGCCAAAAGAAGCGCAAGAAGCCUCGCUGCCACUACUCCAGUGUGCACCUAAGAGAUGGGGAGGACAAUGAUGUGACCAGGUCAAGUUCCCAUGACCAAGCCGACGAAAUUGAUGGGCUCGGCCCACAAGAUCAGGUUUCGGACUAUGAAGAUGAUGCUGAGGAAGGCCGCUUCGUGCUGCGCCCUCACGAUGCUUUUUAUGAUGAGUUCUCGUUGGCACGUUGCAUAGACGAGUACAAAUCGAUGGUGUCUUUAGAUGGCCGAGUCCUCGACAUUGUUAACUCAAUUCAAGCGCUUCGAGUCUUUAGAGUUCAAUAUGAUGAGGAAGCAAGUACCCCCGUCGGCAUGCUGGAAGAGCAUGAAGGAACCCUGGCUGUGGCCGGACCUCGCUCAGCCCUAGUGGCUGAUUUGGACAGCGUCUCGUCACGCUCGCUUCGGCGCCUGUAUUUGCGAUGUCUGUCAGCAAGAAAGCUACUCGAUCAGGGCAUGGUAGCCCAAGCUUGGACUUUGCUACCUUGCCUUGUGCGCGAAGCUGAGUUACUUGGCUUGGAACAAGACAAGAUUGUUGAGGAAUCGGAGUAUUGUCGUCGCAUAUGGUGGCUCAUUAUCGACCUCGAUGCUCAACUCAGCUUCAUCCUUGGUCGCCAACCCAUAACUUUCUCUUACCGCUUUAGCCCCAGGCCAUUGUUGAAGAACAUGAAGGCCGAGGAGCGAGAACUUCGUCAAAACACGGAGGACUUUUCGUCCUUCAUGCUGGAGUUCUUGAAUGAAUCAAGGUCAGAAAAACCUGAAGACGGACAAGCACAAAGGUUCGAGGAUGCACUCCAACGUCUGCAGAAGCAUAAGUCCCGUCUACCUCAGCUUCGACAGGAGAAUUUGACCGAUCCGACACUUUGGACUGCUAUAGCGGACCAUCAAUUCGAGGUGCAGCUGUUCGAGGUCGCAUUGCACUGUAAUAUGGCCCGUCUGAACCUGCAGGAUCCGGCUCACAAUACCAAUGAAAUGGAGAAUGGUACCACCAAGACGGGCAGGUCUCGACUGUCACGCAAGGUCGUGAAGCACAAUUUUAGAAACUUGCUGCAGACAGUGAGGGAUGCCAUCGAUGUAUUUCAGUACAUCCAUGAUUUGGAUCACGUCAAAGCUGCUUCUUCAUGGCUCCGGUGUUUCGGUCUGUAUUCCGCAUCUGUCAUUUUGGCCAUUUCUCGACUGCGUGGAGACACCGAUGUAAAGGAAGAUGUCCUCCGGGUUGAACGAGCCUUGAAGGUAUUUCAAGAUUCUGCGAUCCCUGCAGCAUCCUCGAUCGCCUCUGUCGGUAUAUCUGCUCUGGGUGACCUGCUCGAUGAGAUCAAGAAGAUGGAGCAAGAGCAACGCGAGGAUUCUGCAGAAGGAGACUCCGAGGCUGAAAGCAUGAAGAGGUUCACAGGUGGCCCAUUAUCGACAGAUGGUCAAUCGAAACCACCUACAAAGGUUGAAACUGGGGACCUCAAACGCUCAGCAUCUUCCUCAUUUCAAGAACAGCAGCAAGUCGAGAAAAAACUAAAAUUCGAACAGCCACACACCAGCUUUGACCAGACUACCCAAGGCGACAUACAGCCGUGGCAGCCAAAUAUGCAGCAGUCAUUUGGACAACCAAUCCUGUAUGGCGAUUUGACGGCAACAUCAUUCCAUGAGGCGCCGCCCCAGAACAGCUUUGAGCGGCCCUCCUUCACGACGAGUACAGCCACAUCGUUUAAUGCCACGGAGCAAAAUGAAUUUCCGAGCAUCAGCUAUCCACCAGAGUCCAAUCCCGAAUUCCAUCCUCCCUUGUGGGUACACUAUCCACCCCUAUACGACAAGUCGAUAUGGCCGUAUCCGGGAAUGCCUUGUGACAUGAUGUCUCAGGAGCCAGCAUCUAGUACAUACUACGGCCAACAUACCAUGACAAUCAAUGAGCAGCGGGCAUCCGAGGUGCAUGACGGACAGAACAUUGGCGCACAGUCUUCUCUUCCCCAGACCAUCGUACCAAUGGAAAAUCCCAGAGUCCCUCACGAGCCUACUGGACGUCCAAUGAGUAUGGAAGCCGAGCACAUCACCGUGCAACAUGGCGUGCAGUUCUACGACCCGAAGUUUGCACGUCCGGGGCAUGUUGUCAGCUCUCCGAUCAUAGGUGAUGGCUUUGCGCCGCCUGUAGACAGAUUCGGCCCAGCAGACCAGGCUUUACGACGCAGGAGUAUUGCAGAUAUCCGACAGCACCAGGUCGUACCAUCCCAUUCCCGGUUUGGGAGAGAUGUUGGCCAUCCUCCCACGCCGCCGCAAGAAAGAAUACUAUCUCCAAUCAGCGAAGUACAUCCUGGCUCGCGACGAAAUUCGGCGACACCAAGACAGAUUGCAUACUCCGGUCAGCCUCCGGACAGACCGCUUGCGGGUGCUCAACUGGCGGUCCCCGGUCAAACGAUAGAAACAAAACAUUAUUCUCAGCCGCCUUCACGCAGACAGUCAGCGGCUGAAAUUCCUGAUGUGGUUAUGACCAAUGCGAGUGUCUCGCCUCAAGGACAGGCUGACAUGCAGACAUGGCAAAAUUAUGCUCCGACCAUGGCUGCCAGCGGCCCGGUGGUGUACCAAAGUCCCGACGGCAUUAUAGGACAUAUUAUGAGCUACGACCAGCAAUACCAACGACAUUUACAAGCAAAUCAAAUCGUCUCAACCGGAGCCUACCCAGGCAAUGGGGGACAACACUGGUGGACAUAG